GGCGCGCGGCCCACGGCCCCUGACGGCCCCCGGCGGCCCGGCGCGCCCCCGCGCCUCCUGGGGGGCCGUCGCCCAGCAACGCCCGGCGCGCCCGCCCAUCCCCCGCUGCCCUUUUUCUCCUGGCCGGGUGCGAGGGAGCAUGCCCGCGCCUGGCCUCCGCCGGCCGAGGUAACCGGAGGGGCGUGGAGCGGCCCCUCCCUGGGGGGCGUCCUCCCCUCCCCCGCUCGGCGGCCCGCCCCCUGCGCUAGGGUAUGGCCCCCGGCCGCGGCCCGGGACCCGCGGUCCCGCACUCCGGCCACUGAAAGGCGUCUUCCCGCUGCCGCCCUCCUCCCCUCGCUGGCCAGCACCAUGGGAUGUAAUAUGUGCGUGGUUCAGAAACCGGAGGAGCAGUACAAAGUGAUGCUUCAGGUGAACGGGAAGGAACUCUCCAAGCUGUCUCAGGAGCAAACCCUGGAGGCCCUGCGCUCCUCCAAGGAGCCUCUGGUGAUCCAGGUGCUGAGACGCAGCCCCCGGCUCCGGGGGGACAGCUCAUGCCAUGACCUGCAGCUGGUGGACAGUGGCACCCAAACCGACAUCACCUUUGAGCACCUCAUGGCGCUGGGCAAGCUGCGCCCGCCCACCCCGCCCAUGGCCAUCCUGGAGCCCCCCCCCAUCAGCCAUGAGUAUUAUGACCCGGCGGAGUUCAUGGAGGGCGGCCCGCAGGAGGCAGACCGUAUGGACGAGCUGGAGUAUGAGGAGGUGGAGCUGUACAAGACCAGCCACCGGGACAAGCUAGGCCUCAUGGUCUGCUACCGUACGGAUGAUGAGGAGGACCUGGGCAUCUAUGUUGGAGAGGUGAACCCCAACAGCAUUGCAGCCAAAGACGGCCGGAUCCGUGAGGGAGACCGUAUCAUCCAGAUAAAUGGUGUGGACGUCCAGAACCGGGAAGAGGCGGUGGCCAUUCUGAGCCAGGAGGAGAACACCAACAUCUCCCUGCUGGUGGCCCGGCCUGAGAGCCAGCUGGCAAAGCGGUGGAAGGACAGUGACCGGGAUGACUUUCUGGAUGACUUUGGCUCCGAGCAGGAGGGGGACCUGCGUGCACGGAAGCUGAAAUCGCCCCCUGCCCAGCAGCUUGGCAACGAAGAGGAGAAAGGGGUCCCCGAUGCGGGCCCGGGCCUGAGCAACAGCCAGGAGCUGGACAGUGGGGUGGGCCGCACGGACGAGAGCACCCGCACGGAGGAGAGCUCCGAGCACGACCUGCUGGGCGACGAGCCCGCCAGCGCGGCCAACACACCCGGGGCCCUGCGCAAGAGCCGCGACCUCCACUUCAGCAUGGACUCCCUGCUGGCCGAGGGGGCCGGCCUGGGGGGCGGCGACGUCCCGGGCCUCACCGACGAGGAGUACGAGCGCUACCGAGAGCUGCUGGAGAUCAAGGGCCACCUGGAGAACGGCAACCAGCUGGGCCUGCUCUUCCCCCGCGCGUCGGCGGGCAACGGCGCCCUGGACGUGAACCGCAACGAGAGCCUGGGCCACGAGAUGGCCAUGCUGGAGGAGGAGCUGCGGCACCUGGAGUUCAAGUGCCGGAACAUCCUGCGGGCGCAGAAGAUGCAGCAGCUGCGGGAGCGCUGCAUGAAGGCCUGGCUGCUGGAGGAGGAGAGUCUCUACGACCUGGGGGCCGGCGAGCCCAAGAAGCACGAGCUGUCCGACAUCUCCGAGCUGCCCGAGAAGUCGGACAAGGACAGCACCAGCGCCUACAACACGGGCGAGAGCUGCCGCAGCACCCCGCUGCUCGCGGAGCCCCUGCCCGAGAGCCCCCUGCGGCGGGCCGCCGCCGCCACCGGCAACUCCAACCUGAACCGGCCCCCCUCGGGCCCCGCCGUGGCCGCCCACCCCAAGGCCGCCGCCGGCCCGCAGGGGAGCCCCGCCAAGUUCCGCUCCCUGUCGCGUGAGCCCGAGGUGGGCCGGAGACCGCACCCGGAGGAGCGCGUCCGCCGAAGCCCCAAGACGGGCGCCACCCUGGAGCGCGUGGGCCCCGAAGGCAGCCCCUACCUGGCCCGGCGCCACCGCGGCCAGGGCCAGGAGGCCGAGCACUACCACAGCUGCGUGCAGCUGGCCCCGCCGCGUGGCCUGGAGGAGCUGGGCCACGGCCCCCUGGGUCUGGCCGGCGGCCCCCGGGUGGGCGGGGCCGUGGCGGCCACCGAGGCGCCCCGCAUGGAGUGGAAGGUCAAGGUGCGCAGCGACGGGACCCGCUACGUGGCCAAGCGGCCGGUGCGCGAUCGCCUCCUCAAGGCCCGGGCCCUGAAGAUCCGGGAGGAGCGCAGCGGCAUGACCACGGAUGACGACGCGGUGAGCGAGAUGAAGAUGGGCCGCUACUGGAGCAAGGAGGAGCGCAAGCAGCACCUGAUCCGCGCCCGGGAGCAGCGGAAGCGGCGCGAGUUCAUGAUGCAGAGCCGGCUGGAGUGCCUGCGGGAGCAGCAGAACGGCGACAGCAAGGCCGAGCUCAACAUCAUCGCCUUGAGCCACCGCAAAACCAUGAAGAAGCGGAACAAGAAGAUCCUGGACAACUGGAUCACCAUCCAGGAGAUGCUGGCGCACGGCACUCGCUCCGCCGACGGCAAGCGGGUCUACAACCCUCUGCUCUCCGUCACCACUGUGUGAGCCCCUCCCGACACCCCGGCCCCCACCCUCCCUUAGAAUCUAGUGUGUGUCUGCGUGUGUGUGCACAGGACUGUGUUACCAGACAGCGGCCCCCCAGGAGAAGGGACACUUCUCUCCAUCGGCCACUUCCUGCUCCCCAAGUGCAGCCACCACGUUGACACCUGGCACGGGGUGGGGGGAGGGGGGCAGACGUGUGACAGGCACCCCUCCAGCUCUGUGCGGCCCCUGUGCGCGCACACACACCCCCCACCCCACCCCCGACCCCCAGAGCUCUCAGCAUGGGUACUUGGGGACAGGAACGUCGGACUGGAAAGGAGAGGCGGAGGGGACUGUCCUAAGCACAAGAGAAGGCCUGGCUUCCAAGCCGAGCACAGCCUCGCCCCCUGCCGGGAGCCUUGGUUAUUUGUUAGACAAAGGCAACCCUGAGUUUUGUGGUUUUUCUCCCUUUCUGUGCUUGCCAAUUGUUGUUUUUCUGUUUCGUGGACCUGCUCUGGGGGCUGGCAGCUCCUUCAGGCAGCCUGACAAAAAAGUGGAACCCCCGGUGAUGGCUGGGAAGGACGUGGG